CAGCAGUACGCAUAUUUGGAAUAACUCAAGAUCCAGAAACAUUGAAUUACAUGGUAGUAAUGGAUUUAAUGAAUGGAGGAAAUUUAAGAUCUAAUUUAUUAAUAAAAAAAUAUAAUCCGAUUGAAAAAUACUAUAAUUUAACGAAAAUAGCGCAUGCACUUCUAAAUUUACAUAAAUGUAAUUUAGUUCAUGGUGAUUUCCAUAGUGGAAAUGUUCUUUUAUAUAGUAUUGAUGCCUAUAGUUCAAAUUAUAUAAGCGAUUUUGGAUUAAGUAGACCAGUAAAUCAAACUAUUAAUUCGAAUGAAAUUUAUGGAGUAAUUCCUUAUAUGGCACCAGAGAUAUUACGUGGGAAACCAUAUACUAAAGCAGCUGAUAUUUAUUCUUUUGGAAUUAUUAUGUGGGAAUUUACAUCUGGUAUUCCUGCUUUCAACAAUAGACCUCAUGAUUUUAAUCUUUCUUUAGAUAUUUGUAAAGGUUUGAGACCAGAAAUUGUUAAAGGUACAUUGCCAGUUUAUGCAAGAUUAAUGAAGAGGUGUUGGGAUUCUGAUCCUAAUAAAAGACUAACAACUGAAGAAUUACAUCAAAUUGUUCUUUUUUGGUAUGAUUAUUAUCCGAAAGACUACGGCAAUAAAAGUAUAGAUAUUCCUAGUAAUGAACAAAUUACAAAGAAUCAUCCAUUAUCUUGUUACACAAGCAGAAAAAUCGAGUACUCCGCAAAAAUAAAUGAAAUUUUAUCUCAGGAAGAACUAAGCACUAAAUUCAUAAUAGAUGAAAAAAAAGGAAUCAUUAAUGAAAUAACAUUAUUAAGUGAAAAUUUAGAAAACUUUAGAAUUCCCGACUUAAAGAAAUUUUAAAGAGUAGUCAAUUGAGAUUAUAAUGUAUUUGUAAUUAUUUAUUAUUUUUUGUACCAUUAAUUUUUGCAAAAACUUUUUCUUAAUUUAUUGCGAAGAAUCAACCAAAUCAGGGCUAGUGGAAGUUUGGAAAUUUUUUAUUCUAGAUUACUUACUUUAUAUAUAAAAAUUUCGAAUUUUUUUUUUUU